AUGUAUACUGUGUUCAGCCCGGGAGGUAGAGACGCGUUGGGGAUCGAGAGGAAAUCACAGAUUGUCGCAUUAUUCGACAGCAUGGGAAACGGCGCUAUCUUCAACGAGGACGGCGCGACGAGGCUGUCCUACAAUCAGAUUGGAGGAAUUUGGAGGGAUAAUCCUGCAGGACUGCCGUUCACGUGGAUGUGGGACACCGAACAAAAGAAAUCAAUAACCAAGCCUGUGUAUAUGGAAAAAUCAGCAGCGCGCCUGGAAAAUUAUCUUCCGCAACUAAAAAGUUCCGGAAGUACGAAAGCAUUGAUGUCACCUGCGAGCCCGCGAAAUAAGGAGAAGAAGGUCGCGGGACAGAAACCUGUUGUUGUGGAGCAGCAAGAAGAAGAAGAAGAAGAAGUGGUCGAGUCCGGAGACAAUUUUUCGAAAGACACUUCUCAAUUCAAAGCAAUUUGUAUAAAGUUGAAUGAUUUUAUCAGCUGCAGAAUUUUGAAUAGGAGAAACAUCAAUCUGCAAUUUACAGCUGCUAGAAGAAGUAUUAGAAUAGAAUUGGGUACCAUUUUGGACCUCAGUAAAGAAGUGGCAUCGUAUUUCGUUGAUUCGAGUUCCAGAACCGCCAUAUUGAGGGGCAGAUUUGAGAAACUAAGAGCUUCAAAAUUACAAUCUGAUGACAGUUUGUACCACAUUGCCAGAGAACUCGAUAACAUUAAAAAGACAGCGAGGCAACGAAGAUUAAUGAUAAAAAAAUAUAGACCCUUCUGGUACACCUGGAAAGCAUCAGGAACCAGAUGUCGUCCACGAUAAUUUUAACUAACAUGAUUGCAAUUGUUUUGUCCUAAUUUUCAUAAAAAAUUAACUUAGUAACUGUUACAAUUAUACUUUUCACAUGUCUUACCUGAACCUCUGUUUGAGUAGAUUUUAUAAAUUCUGAUUUUUACAAAAUAUGGAUUCAGAGGGAUGA